UACGUCAAAUUUGACCGAAAAUAUGCAAAAAUGGUCACCCAGGCAUAUACUUAAACUGCGAGAGUGGCUUGUCAGUCUUUAUUUAAUUAACUGACAAGCCGUUCGGUCUAAUUUGAGCUUGGUUGCUGGUUUCAGAGGUCACACCGAAUAAUCGCAAUGCCAGGGUUCCAAAGGUCAAAUGAACAAAGCCGAACUUCCAACUGAGUAGACACAUUAUUGUAGGCUCUGCAUCAGCACACGUUUGUCCAGCGCGUGAAAUCCAAGUUUACAAAAACAAAAUGGCACCCAAAGUCGUGCUGAUCACUGGUUGUUCAACUGGAAUUGGACUAGCCACGGCUGUAUAUCUAGCUAAGGAAAAACAACAUGAAUUCAAGGUGUAUGCGACAAUGAGAAACCUGGGGUCAAAGGGCGGCCUGGAGGCAGCAGCUGGGGACACUCUCGACAAGACGCUCUUCAUCCGCAAACUCGACGUGACUAAGGAGGACACCAUCUCGUCCGUGGUGGACGAGAUCUUACGGGAAAAUGGGAGGAUCGACGUUCUAGUUAACAAUGCCGGGUACAGCGGUGUCGACGGGAACGACAUAAAGCCUUUGGAGUGGUGUCAUGCCAUGAUGGAUACCAACUACUGGGGCGUGGUGAGAACCACCAGGGCGGUGCUACCAGCGAUGAAGAAACAGAAGUCAGGUCGAAUACUGAAUUUGAGCAGCGUCUCCGGAAUCAUAGGAACUCCUUUUUACGCCACAUACACGUCUAGCAAAUUCGCAGUGGAGGGGUUCUCUGAAGCGAUCGCACCGGUCUUGCGAGAUGGUUACAAUAUCAGGGUGAGUAUAAUUGAGCCAGGCCCGGUCAAAACUGUGUUGAUGGAUAAACUCCAAGCCGACCCAGAAGGAGACGCCAAAGAUUUCGAUGACAUCACGCGAGACUUGUUUUUGGCCCGGAGGAAACGAAUUGCGUCCCUCUUAGGCGCAAUGGUUCAGACCGCGGACGACAUCGCCAAGCUGCAUCUUGAGGUAAUACUCAGCGAGAACCCACACCUGCGGUACCAGACGAACGAGAUCAUGACAAAGAUGGUUGCAGGGAAACUUGCUGAUCCUACCACUGACGCACUGCUGAAUGUGCUGAAACAAUAAGACUACGUAGCAUCGUACCCUAGGUAAACCCAAGUAUAAAAAGAUCUCCACAUAUUUUGCCUACGCAAACGUCGUGGUAGUGUUUCAAAGUGUUUUAAAUUAUUUCAUUGUCAAUGUAUUUAAUUUUUAGAUUUCAAGAUAAUCACCAUGUAAGGCAAACUCAAAUUGUGUGUCACCUGAUAAAACGUAGUUAAUGAAACCUUGGUUUAUGGCGUAAACAGUAUCUCGUCGUUAUGAUCACGGAAUUUGUAGCGUUUAUCAUGACUGUCACAACAGGGGUUUCCUCCCUAAUUGUGUUCGCUUUCUACUUUGGAAAUAGUAGUGACAAUUAUAUUUGGAGUUCAGCUCAUAUUGUAUGUUGGCUUUCUUAUAGAAUAAUCUUGUUGUAGACGCUUUUUACAGUGAUAAGUUAUUAUUGAACUUAACACACUAUGAUUAAAUUCGGCAUUAAAAAUCGGUGUCGAUGAAACCUGA